CUAGCUGCUCUUGAAUCGAACAUUGCUUCAAGGUCAGAGAAGCAAGCACAGCAGCUAAACAAAUCUAUUUGGAAGGCAAGCUCGGCCAUAUCAUCUGACAGCAGUUUUAUGGACAGCAUUCACACAGCCAUCACGCCAAGCACUCUGGAUAACCUCCUUCUGAACUCAAAUGAGAGCUUCUUGUUCACCGGUAAGCUGGUGAAGCACGGUGGCGUGCCAGACAACAUCUUGGAUGGCAGGGAUCUGGUGGAGCGUGAGGUCCUACCACCACCGCCCUCGCAGGUUGAAAAUGUCAGGGUGGUAGCAGAUCUUGAUCCUCUUUCUAAGGGGAUUGAGGUGGAUUGGGAGGUAAUGGGAGUGAUUUGGAAGAGCCACGAAGAUGUGAAGGAUGUCGAGUCUGGUAUGACACGCGAAAGCACCGCAUGUCAUAAUAGUGGAGAUGACGGUGUAAACACCAACGGUGAUACCGGAUGUCAAGAUCAUGUCAUUGAUAUAGCACCUCAAGAUGAUGCCGACCCCAAGAACUAUUGUGUUGUAUGCACUCACCCUUCAGAGUGGGUGGCUAUCGGGCGGUGUGGCCACCGUGUUGUCUGUCGCAAGUGCAUGGUGCGCAUCCGUUUCUUCCAUCGUAACAAACGUUGCUGCAUCUGUAGAACCCGCUGCCCAAAAGUCAUUGUCGCUAAGAGAGACGCCAGCACCGAUAUCCUAUCGACCUUACCUCUGUUUGCACUCCGAGAGGGACGUGUUGGGAAACUCUGGUACCACAGGCUCACGGCGGCCUACUACGAGGACGAAAAAGAGUACAAUGCAGCGAGAGUUGCAUGUGAUGGAAUACUGUCCCCAUUCUUUCGUCCCUGGUAUUGGUUCGUAUGGUUUUUCGGUUAUUCCCUUACCAUGGGAGUAGUUUUUGGCAUUGCUUCUGCGGCUGGAACCAAGCACAUGUCAAGGCAAGUGAGAGCCUAUGCACUGAGCAUCUGCGUUGCAAUGUCGAUUGCUACCACUAUUUGGUCCGCGAUCAAGUGCAACCAAGAUCCUCUCGAGCAGGAACGUUUUCGUCGUAUUGAGAAAGAGGAGCGCAAUUUUUUUUAAGUACACUAGCUUGCUAGGGUGUUUAGUAAUGUUUUAGUUCAUUUGUUCAGAUGAGUUUGUACCUUAUACCACAAAUAUCAAUACGUUAAAAAAGAGAUGCAUUCAUACAAA